AUGAGUCAGCGGCGGCGGCUGAAGACGACGCCGCCGCCUACUCCGGUGAACUUCUCCAUUACUCCUCUUUCACCUUUGCAUCCUACAACACCUCCAAAGGAAGAAUCCAGCUCCUCAACCUCCUUCCGCUCUCGAACUCAAAGAUCUCUUACCCCUUCUCUUCUAGACUUGGCAGCCCUUGACGAUGGGGACUGGCACACCCUUGGCCUCUCGAGAUCGGAGCUAUCACUUCUCCACACUCUCCCCACCGGUCAGACAUUUCGUUGGCGUCGAACCGGACCCUCCCAGUUCACCGGUGUCGUUGGUCCCUACCUCCUGUCUCUCAAGCACGCCGAUGGAGAUGAUGAUCCUUCUGGUCGCAUCCACUUCUUUCUCCACAAUUCGUCAGACGCUGCUUCCACGCGGGCUGCGCUGAGUGACUAUCUUAACGUCGAGAUCUCCCUCACCGCUCUGUGGCGAGGUUUUUCUGCGGCGGAUCCGCGGUUUGAUGAGAUAGCUCGGCGAUUCGAUGGCGGGGCCCGUGUUCUGCGACAGGAUCCGGUGGAGUGCGUUUUUCAGUUCCUCUGCUCUUCGAACAAUAACAUUGCGAGGAUUGAGAAGAUGGUCGGGGUUCUGUCUUCGUUUGGCGAGCAUUUAGGGACGGUUGGUGGGUUUCAUUUCCAUGAGUUUCCCACACUUGAGAGGCUUUCUGCUGUCACCGAGCAACAGCUCAGAGAAGCUGGAUUUGGUUAUAG